AUGACGAGUCUCUUCAGGAUGGAUGCUGUUCGUUUACCUAUCCAUACACGUUCUCGAAGACUACGCGAAAAUAGGCAAAUUCUAACAAACCAAGCUGAACAUUUGUCGGCUGGUCCUCUCAUAACUGCGGCUGCCCAUACCAAAGUAUUUAAACCAUAUGCUAGCUCAAAAAUCACUACCAUCAAUCGAAUCACCGAUGCGGGGAUCUCCAAUCCUCAGGCUAUUCAUGGAGGUGGCACUAGGGACUCUACUCUGAGGUCAUCUCAUAACUCCAGAGGUGGUCGUGCUUUAGUGUUUGUGGAUGUACCCCAACAUCCUGAUCCUGCCGUCCGCAAAAUGAUGGCGAAACCCCUCAAACCUCGUGUCCAUUUCGCACUGCAACAUUCUUCAAAGCAAAUCAGCCGUGCUAUUUCUAGUGCAGCGGAUACUGGUCUCUCUCAUUUACGGCGUCGUGUACCUGAAUCCCCGCCCAAUUCAUCCCUGGAUAAUGGCUCAAGUUCCGACGAGGCACUCUCUAGCUCGCUUGAGGCUCACUCAUCCUUUAUUCGCGCAUUGACUCCUUUUCUAGAUUACAACGGAGGUCCUUUGAACUCAAAUCAUUUGCGAAUGCGUCAGCUUCCAGCUGGAAGUCGUCGCACAACGUUCCUCCCGUCCCCGUCCCCGUCCUCUGGUUUUCAGACACCCAUCCGCACCAGGUUGUCUAAAAGGCUCUACAAAUCGCAUUCUCGCACUUUGCUUACAGCUACUUCUACCACGGAUCAUGCCAAAAUCAAUACGGCACGUCGACUGGCAGACAUUUCUGAGCUUUUUGAUUUUCGUUGCAACCUCCUUGCUCUGGUCGUGUUCGUCUCGAAGCUACUUCUCGGCUUUCUUCUGUCUUGCCUUGUCUUAGUCAUCUUUUUCUGGAUCAAGCUCGUUUUGUGA